GGUUUAGCAAUGCAAUUAUCAUUCAGCAAGUUGAUUUACAGUAGUUAGGUAUUCUAAGAGUUCAAAAUGGGAUUCAAGGUUUUAUUUAUUUCUUGUGUUCUUUUGGUAUCUGCAAGAGGAGCAUUGCUGCCACUGGAUGAUAAUUACGUGAACCGAGUCGUUGGUGGUCACGAAGCAGAGCCAGGUUCAGCUCCACAUCAAGUUUCAUUGCAAGGAUUAUUCGGUCAUUCAUGCGGUGGAUCUAUUAUCGGUGACCAAUGGGUUCUAACGGCUGCUCAUUGCGUUGUGGGAGCGAUUUUGCCACUGUUUCAAGUCCUGGUUGGAACCAACAGUCUUAAGGAAGGAGGUCGAAAGUAUAAGGCAUCCAAGUUUAUCGUUCACAAUCGAUACAACAAUCCCCAAUUCCACAACGACAUUGCCCUGGUAAAACUCGCAAAGAAACUUGAGUUCAGCGAUGGCGUAAAAAGUAUCGAAUACUCAAAUGAACCUGUUCCGGAAAAUGCUAUUCUCACUCUAACUGGUUGGGGACUAACCUCUACCAAUGGACGCAUUCCGACGAAACUGCAAACAAUUGAUCUGAAGUACAUUUCAAAUGAGGAAUGUAAGCAACUGCAUGGGGGUGGCUCUGAAGUCAGCAUUGGACACAUUUGUACGUUAACUAAAACCGGAGAAGGUGCUUGCAAUGGUGACUCUGGUGGUCCCUUGACGUAUAAUGGAAGACUCGUUGGUGUGGUAAAUUUCGGCGUGCCAUGCGCUAAAGGAUUUCCAGAUGCUUACGCCAGUGUGUCUUACUAUUAUGACUGGAUUCGCGAGAAUGUAAAAAACAACUCUUAAGCUAUUUGAUCUUGCAAAAAACUCUCUGGGAAUCGAAUAUAGCUAGUGUAUAUCUAUAGAUUUACAUUAUUUACGCAAAUAAAACGAAAAUAAUUCUUUCAUA